AUGGUGGUGACACUGAAGGCCUUUCUGUGGGUCACACUGAUAACUAUUGUAACUGUGGAGUUCAUCAUAGGAAUUUUAGGAAAUACUUUCAUGGCUCUGGUGAACAUCGUAGACUGGGUGAAAAGAGGAAAGAUCUCCGCAGUGGAUAAGAUCCACACUGCUCUAGCCAUCUCCAGAACUGCUUUCUUGUUGACACUAUUCACAAUUUUCUUGACAUCCUUAUGGAAUCAAGAUUUAUUGGAAGCAAGAAUAAUAUUAAAAAUAUACAGUAUGUUCUGGACUGUGACCAAUCAUUUCAGCGUCUGGCUUGCUACAUGCCUCAGCAUGUUUUAUUUUUUCAAAAUAGCCAAUUUCUCAAACUCCAUUUUUCUUGCUCUCAAAUGGAAAGUAAAAAAAGUGGUUUUGGGAACACAGAUGGUGUCUCUGAUGAUCUUGUUUAUAAACAUUAUAGUCAUAAACAUAUUCACUGAUAGACUUCAAGAAAACACACUUUACAAAUUUAGUUCAAAUAACACUGUUAAAUAUCAGCAGCUCUUUCUACUAACACUGUUCGCACUCAUACCAUUCACUGUGUCCUUGACAAUGUUUCUCCUGCUCAUCUUCUCCCUGUGGAGACAUCUGAAGAAUAUGCAGCACAAUGCCACAGGCUGCAGAGAUGUCCACACCAUGGCCCACAUAAAGUCCCUGCAAACUAUCGUCACCUUCCUGUUACUAUAUACUGUUUUUUUUAUGUCACUUCUUUUACAGUCUUUGAAUAUUAACUCUCAAUGUAAUAAACUUAUUGCUAUUCUUUUAUGGAUUAUAGAUAUAACUUUUCCCUCAGGCCACUCAUGUGUCCUGAUUCUGGCAAACAGUAAGCUGAGGCAGGCCUCUCUUUCUGUGCUCUGGUGGCUGAGGUACAAGCACAGAUAG